GUUUGGAUAAACCAGUUAGUCGGCCGACAGAGUAGCACGCGUGAACAGCUGGACGACGUUUCGUGUGAGCUGAAUAUCAAUUGAAAUUCAAACGGCUUUUUAUUUUACAAAAUACUUCGCACAGCGGGCGCAAGAGUGAACUCACGCAAAAAUAAAAUAUAAUUUAACAGAGCCGAAGCAGAAGCGAAGCCGAAGGCGAAGUGAAGUGCAGUGUGAGAAGCGCAGUAGAUAAACGCAAAUGCAGUGUGCUAAUGUAAUAGGGAACACAGCAAAAUAUAUGCAAAAAUAACAAAUAUCAGUUAAAUAAAAUAUGCAAAUCUGUUGAGCAUUGCGCUGAAUAGAGUUACUUAAAGCGGGAGAGACAGAGAUCACAAGUUUUGUGCGACGGACAACUACAUAGAACUCAAACCAAAUGACUAUGACUUCUACAGUGCUGCAGCGCCCCACAGCAACAGCAACAACGACGACAGUGGAAAAACAAGCUGCAAAAGCAACAGCAACAACAGCAAGAAGAAGUCGCUCCACCAUGGCCUGGUCGCAUGAGAAAUUGCGUUUCUCAUGCAUCGACAACAUUGGCCUGAAGCAGCUGUGGAAACUGAUUGCAUUGGAUACGGCAACGCCGCCAGCCGAAAAGUCCGGCAAUGUGGAGCACCAGCAGCCAAAAGCAACCAGCAACUGCAACAACAACACCAACACUGAGCGCCUAGCCAUAGCCUACGAUAACUGCGACAGCUUGGCCGACUAUUUGAGCCUGCAAAGAGGAGUCGCUCAGGCCCGACUCGUGGAGCCAUCGAUGCCCACGACACAGCAGCACACGUCGCUGCUCAAGUUCUUGGCCAUUAACGCUUUGGAACUGAGCGCCCCUGCCACACCCUUGCUGCUGGAACAGCAACAGACGCAAUCCAAACCGCACGGCUGGAUGCAGCUCUCCGGUCAUCCCGAGAGCAUCGUGCCUACCUCGUCGGGAAUUGUGCGCAAGCGGAUCGCUGGCAUCGAGGACAGCGAGGUGUUGGCCUAUCAGCAGAUCUCGCAGGAGCCGAAGACCUCACAGAUUGUGCCCGCCUACUUUGGAUUGCGGGAACUGCAGGGACAGCACUAUAUCGAGCUGCAGGAUCUGCUGGCCGGCUUCAAGGAUCCGUGUGUGAUGGAUAUUAAGCUCGGUAGUCGCACCUUUCUCGAAUCGGAGGUCAGCAAUCAGACGCUGCGUCCGGAUUUGUAUCAGAAAAUGAUCGCCGUGGACGCCAGUGCACCGACGCCUGCAGAGCACGAAGCUCAGGCAGUUACUAAGCUGCGCUACAUGCUCUUCCGCGAGUCGUUGUCCUCGUCGCACACCAAAGGGUUCCGCAUUGAGGCGCUGCGACUUCGUGGACGCGCACCUCUGAAGGAUCUCAAGACGUGCCGCAGCAGCGAGCAAAUCUCACAGACUAUCGAGCAGUUCCUUGCCGCACGCAGAUCCGUGCAAAAGGAACUGCUCAAACGGUUGAAGCACAUGCGCCUGGUCAUCGAACAGUCCGCGUUCUUCAACCGCCAUGAAAUAAUUGGGUCUAGUUUGUUCAUCGUCUACGACGACCAUCGCAUGGGCGCUUGGCUCAUUGACUUUGCCAAGUCCCGGCAGCUGCCACCACACCUGUGCGUCAAUCAUCGCAGUCCCUGGCAGCCAGGCAACCGGGAGGAGGGUCUACUCCAUGGCAUGGAUGAGCUGAUCCACGCCUUCGAGGAGGUCUAUGCGCGCAGCAGUAGUCAUCGCAGCUGCUUGAAAAUCUGAGCAAUGAGCCCCCAGUUUCAGCGUGCUCCACUUGCUACGCAUUUGCCCACAGCCACGCCCACCUACAGGCACAUAAGACUGAUUUGCAUGUCGCCCAGAAAGAGAGGAUAAGAAGAGCAGAAGGCCUUCAUUGCAUGCGACGCAUUUUAACUAUUUUCCAUAUUGGAAGCAAACGAUAAGCGCCAGAUCUAUCUAUACACCAUAUUUACAUAUAUGUAUACAUACUAUAUAGACUAUAGUAUGUAUAAGAGAGAACGAUUAGUAUUGAGCACCAAGCAGCAUUUUGUUUGAUUGAAAAACAGGUUUAACUUGAUUAAGUAUUUAAGUUUAAGAGAGAAAGAGAGAGUAAAAAUGUAUCCACUGUAAUAAAAAGAAAAUCUCAUGAUAAAAUAAGAUAAAAGAUCAAAAAGAAAAUAAAAAUUGUCUUUUACUAUAUAUGUAUAUUAUAUAUAUAAUAUCGAUGCUGCUAUUGAAAUCUUUGGGCUUUUACAAUCUUUAAUCAUUGAUUUUCCAGAAGCCAUGAAAACAAUUGAAAUUGGGAAAACAAGUGGAUAAUAAUCAUAUUGAUAUUAUUUAGAUUACCUAUACUUAUUCUGCUCUAAUUCUACUCAAUCUGCUCUUUUUUCUUCGAAACAGUUUUCAUUUUCCAGUCUCUUUCAAUUCGACGGUAUCCCUAAACUUGACAUUAUAUGUAUAAGUUCUUCAUUUUUAUAAAUAGUUAAAUUGAAGGGAGCGUAAUCCCGAAUGUUUACAUAUGAUCGCAGAUCUGACGGAUAUCUUUAUGCUUAUAUCUCUAAUAGCUUCUACUCUUCUACCAUUAUAAAUUUGUAAUAAUAAUAGGAAGCGAUCGCUAAUAAAUUUGCAUCUAGCAAUUACUUCUUUCA